GUCGUGGCCCAUGGCGUGGCUUAAACCUGGGGAAGCCGAGCCUCAAGAGCUAGCUCGACGUCUCCCUUUGCUGCUGCCAUUCCUGUUAAUCCCUUGGGCUCCUUCCUCCGUACACGACCUGGAAUUCCAUGGAGACUCCUGAUUGACUGACUGGUUUUCUACUGCGUCAAGUUGACCACCCGCGUACCGUACUACUGUACACUGCACACCACCAUCAACACCACAUCGCCACAAGUUGACGUUGACUUGGGUGAUAGUCAAGUCACCCCAGGACAGACAGACCCGGGGUUAACAUCGUUGAUCUGCCCCCCUGCACCACCACGGCACUAGCUACCACCACCCAUUGCCGUCCCUACCUUGAUUUUCUCUCUUUUCUUGCCCGAUAUAUCCACCACUCUCUGCCAGCCCGGGACAGGCCCGCCCCCAAAGGUUGUCAGCCGUGCAAUUGGCCCAGCCCUGCCAGCCCUGCCAGACCAAAGAAUGCUGCUGCACAGGACCCCGCUCCCCAGCCCGGCCAGGGGAAACUCUAUGCCACUUGGCGCCAUCUCUGCAGCGCUGUCGGCCACACGCACGCUGGCCAGGGCCCGCCAGCGGGCAGGGUCCAGUCAGUCCCUCCUGCACCACGAUGCCGGCCUGCCAUCCCGAGCACGCCCUCGCGCCCACCACCUCCGGCCGAACCCCGAGCCCGCCAAUGCUGGCCCCAGGAACGCCCCGCGGGACGGCAUCGACACCGGCUGUGCACUUGGGCCGCUGACACGCUUACGUUCACACUCACACUUACACUUACACCCAACCUCAAACUCACAAUAUCUGAGGCUCUCGUCGUCACUGGCUACUGCUACUAUAUCCAGGCCCUCGCCCGCAGGAACCUCUGUGAAUAAUUGUGAGAACAGCACAUACAGGCGGGGCCCAAGUACGACGUCACUAUCACCACGGCUGCCACGACCAACAACAGCAACAACAACAACAACAUCCUCAUCUUCACCCUCAUCCAGGGCCCUUCACUCGUCAGCCUCACCGCCCGGCAUGUACACCACAUCCUUCGCCUUCUUCGAGUCCCUCGGGGAGGCGGGCAUCAGCCAUGUCUUUGUCAACCUGGGGUCCGACCACCCCAGCAUCAUCGAGGCCAUGGUCAAGGGCUCGCGCGAGAAGAACCCAAAUUUCCCCAGGAUCAUCACAUGUCCCAACGAGAUGGUGGCCAUGUCCAUGGCAGACGGCUACGCCCGCCUGACCAACAAGCCGCAGGCCGUCAUCGUGCACGUUGACGUCGGCACCCAGGGCCUCGGCGCCGCCGUGCACAACGCCAGCACGGGCCGGGCGCCGAUUCUGCUGUUUGCGGGCCUGUCGCCCUUCACCAUCGAGGGCGAGAUGCGCGGCUCGCGCACAGAGUACAUCCACUGGGUGCAGGACGUGCCCGACCAGAAGGCCAUCGUCUCGCAGUACUGCCGCUACUCGGCCGAGCUCAAGACGGGCAAGAACGUCAAGCAGAUGGUCAACCGCGCUCUUCAGUUCGCCCGCUCGGCGCCCCAGGGCCCCGUCUACCUGUGCGGCGCCCGCGAGGUCAUGGAGGAGGACAUCGAGCCCUACAGCGUGGACCCCAAGUUCUGGGAGCCGGUCGAGCUGGGCGGGCUGCCGCCGCGGGGCGUCAAGGACAUCGCCGAGGCGCUGGCCGGCGCCAAGCAGCCGCUGGUCAUCACGGGCUAUGCCGGGCGUAACCACGCGUUUCCGGAGCGGCUGGUAGCGCUGGCCGACGCCGUGCCGGGCCUGCGCGUGCUGGACACGGGCGGCAGCGACAUGUGCUUCCCGGCGUCGCACCCGGGCUGGCUGGGCCUGCGGUUCGGCCGCGAGGACUACAUCAAGAGCGCCGACGUGAUCCUGGUGCUGGACUGCGACGUGCCGUGGAUCCCCACGGGGUGCAAGCCGCGCGCCGACGCCCGCAUCUUCCACGUCGACUGCGACCCGCUCAAGCAGCUGAUGCCCGUCUUCUACAUCGACGCCCUGCAGCGGUACCGCGCCGACAGCCUGCUCUCCGUGGACCAGCUGAUCGCGCACCUGCAGACCAGCGAGCCCACGAGGGCCCUCCUCUCGGGCCCCGAGGCCAGCGCCCGCGCCGAGGCCCUGCGGGAGAGCCACGCGCAGCGGCUGAAGGAGAUCGACGCCAAGGCGGUGCCAGCAGGCGACGGGCAGUUCGGCACGGGCUACCUGUGCAAGAAGCUCAAGGAGCUGUGCCCGCGGGACACGAUCUGGGCGAUCGAGGCGGUGACCAACACGGCGUUUGUGCACGACAACCUGCAGCCCGAGGACCCGGGCUCGUGGAUCAACUGCGGCGGCGGCGGGCUCGGCUGGUCGGGCGGCGGCACGCUGGGCAUCAAGCUGGCGACGGACGUCGAGCACGGCGGGCCCGGCAAGGGCAAGUUCGUGGUGCAGAUCGUGGGCGACGGCACGUACCUCUUUAGCGUGCCCGGGUCCGUGUACUGGAUCGCGCAGAGGUAUGGCAUCCCGGUGUUGACUGUUGUGCUGAACAACAAGGGAUGGAACGCCCCGCGCAACUCCCUCCUGCUGGUGCACCCUGACGGGCUGGGGUCCAAGGCGACCAACGAGGAGAUCAACAUCUCGUUCGACCCGGUGCCGGACUACUCGGGCAUCGCCAAGGCGGCGGCGGGCGGCAAGCUGCACGCGGCCAAGGUCGACAGCGCGGCAGACCUGGACGCCGUGCUCAGGGAGGCCAUCGAGAGCGUCAAGAACGGCCAGCCUGCGGUCGUCGACGCCAAGGUGCUCAAGGGGUGCUAGGUUCAAAUGUUGGGUGGUUGUGGUGGUGGUGGUGGUGGUGACGAAGGGAAAAUGAGUUCAUGUUUUAUUCUGUGGUUGUUACAUCUCAUCAACUGAUCUAGAUGUACUCUACCCUGGUCCCGGUCUGUCUCUGCCAGUGUGCAACUGUAAGUGAGACUUGUGCCACGCUGAACAUGCGGUAGUAAGGCUUGUGGUUGGGGCCCUCGGAGUGGCCACACCAUAGACCAAAUCGUAUCCAGUUUGCACAGCA